AUGGCACAACUUGCUCAAUCGGUGAGCAAAAUGGAGAAUCAAGGAAAGCUACCUCCUCAAACUGAAAAGAACCCAAAGCACAAUGCUUGUGCAAUUAGCUUGAGGAGUAGAAAGGAACAUGAUGGCCCGAAGAUGCCCAAAGAAGAAGAAGAGGAGUUGGUGAUAGAAGAACCACCAAAGAAGGAUGAAAAGAAAGGAAAAAUGGUGGAGAAAAAGAAGCCGGAAGAGAAAGAAGCAAAGAUCACACCACCACCUUUUCCAUCAAGAUUGACCAGCAACAUAAAAGAGAGAGAAGAUAGUGAGAUCAUGGCAAUAUUCCGGAAGGUUGAAGUCAACAUUCCCCUCUUAGAUGCGAUCAAACAGAAAAGGAUUCCCCCAAAGUGCAAGGAUCCGGGUGUUUUCACUGUUCCUUGCAAAUUGGGAAACCUUUAUGUCCCCCGUGCUAUGCUAGAUUUAGGAGCUUCAAUAAAUGUUUUACCAUAUUCUGUUUAUAAAUCUAUUGACACAGGCACUUUAACAAUAACCGGGGUGAUCAUCCAACUUGCAGAUCGUUCUAUAGUACACCCAAAAGGUGUAUUAGAGGAUGUUUUGGUGCAAGUUAAUGAGCUUGUCUUUCCUGCAGAUUUUAAUGUGCUUGAUAUGGGAGAUGAUGACCAUCCAUCCUCGAGUUCCAUACUUUUAGCUAGAUCAUUCACUAAAACCGCAAGAACAAAAAUUGAUUAUUUGACUGAAAAGUGUUUUGAGUUGACUAACCAUGAUUUGUUGGAGUUAGUUUUGAGCAAGAAUUUUGAUAACAAUUCAGUCAAAGAGAUUGCAGAAAAUUUCAAGUUAGAUGAAGAGUUACUGGAAAUUGUGGAGAUCAUGGAAGAAAGGAAGAAAAUGAGGUAUAAUAAUAGCAAUGUGAAACUGCCCAUUUCUAGAACAAAACUUCUUCCUUUUGUUUUGCAGGCACCUAAGCUAGAAUUGAAGACUCUUCUAGAUCAUUUGAAGUAUGCAUAUCUUGGAGAAGAAAAGACUUUGCCUGUCAUUAUCUCCAAAAAGCUAUCCAUUGCAGAAGAAGAUGAGUUGGUCACUUUGCUGAAAAAGUAUAAGAAAGCUAUUGGGUGGACAAUUGUUGAUAUAAAAGGAUUGAGCCCUUCCUUGUGUAUGCAUAAGAUUCUCAUGGAGGACAGCUUCAAACCAACUCGAAAGGCACAUAGAAGAUUGAAUCCACCCAUGAUGGAGGUGGUAAAGAAAGAAAUCAUGAAGCUUUUGAAUGUAGUUUUCAUGGAUGAUUUCACAAUCUAUGGAAACUCCUUUGAUGAAUGUUUAAGCAAUCUAACGAAAAUUUUGCAAAGGUGCAUUGACACAGACCUUGUGCUGAACUAUGACAAAUGCCAUUUAAUGGUGGAUAAAGGAUUGAUUUUAGGUCAUAUUGUGUCCCAAAAAGCUUGUUUCUAUCGGCGGUUCAUCAAAUAUUUUUCAAAGAUCACAGUGCCGAUGUGUCAACUACUCCAAAAAGAUGCUGAAUUUGCGUUUACUCAGCCAUGCAAGGAUGCCUUUGAUCGUUUGAAGGAUUUACUUACUUCCGCUCCAAUCAUCCAACCACCUAAUUGGGAGCUCUUGUUUGAGAUUAUGUGUGACGCGAGCAACAUAGCUGUUGGGGUGGUAUUGGGUCAAAAGGUGGAUCGAGCACAUCAUGUCAUCUACUAUGCAUCAAAGACCCUUGAUAGUGCACAAAGCAACUACACCACGACAGAAAAAGAGUUGCUUGCUAUUGUGUUUUCACUAGAGUAG